ACCAUCCCAUCAACUUGGAUAUCAAGAAUACCAUCAUCCAUCAUCCUUCAAAACCUUCAAAACCGCUUAACUUCAUAACCAAGAUGAACUCAAAUCAACUCGAAGAAUGGGGAUCGCAUUGUUCAUUAUCAACUUGUCAUGCACUCGAUUUCUUACCAUUCAAAUGUCAACAUUGUACAAAAUUAUACUGUUCAGAUCAUUUUAAACCUUCUAUUCGACCUUCUGAAACAUCUCAUCAAUGUUCAGAAUACGAUGAAUCUUUGAUAGAUGCUAGAGUUCCAACUUGUCCACUCUGUGGUGAUCCUAUUUCGAUACCUACAGGAACAGAUCCCAACAUUCCAAUGGAUCAACAUCUCACCACCUCAUGUCGUUUAAUAGAUCAAUCAGGACUCCUAAAAUCUCAGAACCAAUCCUCAACAUCACAAUCCUCUUCAAACAAAAUUUGUUCAAGAUCUCGUUGUCAAACUAAAAUGAUAGUCCCAAUCCUCUGUACCGAUUGUCAACUAAAUUAUUGUCCAUCACAUCGACUUGGAGCUGAUCAUGCUUGUUCUGGAAACCCUCAACCUUCUCAUAAACCAUACCAUCGUGCUAGUCUUAUAGCUCUUAAAUCAGUCAUGGCUUCGAUUCCUCCUUUACCUAAACCAGUGACUUCGAAACCUAUGACACCAAACCAGACUAGUUCUUCUACCACUUCUUCUACUCCUUCUAGUAAGCCUAAUCCAUCAUUAUCAACUGUUGAUCGGUACCGGGUUUCGAAACGAAUCAAAGCGGAAGAAGAAUCUAGAAGGAAAGCACUCGAAUGGAGAGCACAAAAAGGGUUAUUAUCUGAAGAUGAGAAAUUGAUUUAUGCAAAUUUGAAAGCAUCAUCACAGAAAACUGAAUCAAUUCGAAUCAAAUCAAAUGGAAAAGAAUGUUUGAUUUGUUAA